AUGGUCCUCUCAUUUAUCCUGGUUCAGAAUCGCCAGGGGAAAACGCGCCUGGCGAAAUGGUACUCACCGUACAGUGAUGAAGAGAAAGUCAAACUGAAAGGCGAGGUUCAUCGCCUCGUCGCCCCCCGAGAUCAGAAAUACCAGUCCAACUUUGUUGAGUUCCGUCGGAGUACCAAGGUCGUCUACCGAAGAUAUGCUGGUUUGUUCUUUUGCGUCUGCGUCGAUGCGAAUGACAACGAGUUAGCCUAUCUCGAGGCUAUCCAUUUCUUUGUCGAAGUGCUGGACCAAUUCUUUGGCAAUGUGUGCGAGCUGGAUUUGGUCUUCAAUUUCUACAAGGUCUACGCAAUCCUGGACGAAGUCUUUCUCGCAGGCGAGAUUCAAGAGACAAGCAAGCAGGUCGUUCUCACGCGAUUGGAACACCUGGACAAGUUGGAAUAG